AGAUCUGAACUUUUUAGAAUACUUCCUUCGCACGAGUCUCCAUUUUAUCUUCUCUCUCUGUCUCUGUGUGCAAACUUCUUAUUGCUGUAGAAUCUUCUCUGGGCAACACUUGUUAAUAAAACCUCAACGCUCAGAGGUUGUAGGCGUCAUUAAAUAUAACACGUAUACACCUCCAAAUUCCUUUGCUUUUUUCAUCCUCCGUUUGUUCCUCCAAGCACUCCUUCCAUCUUUUUUCUUCACUCUCUCCGAUAUCUAGCUGAAACCGCUGUGAGUUUCAGACUUGAGUUCAGAUUAUCAUCAAAAUCAACUUUCCCAAUAUUGGAUCUUUAAAUUUAGCCCCUUGGAUUUGAUUCUUCAAUUUAAUUGAGGGAAAUUGAGAAAUCUCAUCAGGGUUAGGUUUAAUUAUUGGGUUUAUUUAGAUAAACCCUCUGGAUUUGAUAUUCUGAUCUGGGUCAAUUCUAUUUUGUUCAACUUUGAUCAAAAUAAAGUGCGAAACCAUGAAAGAGGGGAAAUUAGGGUUUAUAAUUUGUGCUUUGCUUCUGUUUAUGUGUGGAUCAUGCUUGGGUCGAUUCGUCGUGGAGAAGAACAGCUUGAGGGUGACUUCACCUGAUAAUUUAAAAGAUACAUAUGAAUGUGCAAUUGGUAAUUUUGGUGUUCCUCAAUACGGAGGAACAUUAACCGGCGCUGUUCAUUAUCCCAAAUCCAAUCAAAAGGCGUGCCAAAGCUUCGAAUCCUCCUUGAAAUCAGAACCCGCUGGUGGUCUUCCGAUUUUUGCUCUCCUCGAUCGUGGCGAGUGUUACUUCACAUUAAAGGCAUGGAACGCGCAAAAAGCGGGGGCCGCAGCUAUUCUUGUUGCAGAUGAUAGACCCGAGCCUUUAAUCACAAUGGACAUGCCCGAAGAGGAAAAAGCACAAGCCGAUUACUUACAAAACAUCACAAUCCCAUCUGCCCUCAUCACCAAUGCACUCGGGAACUCAAUAAAGAAAGCCCUAACCAAGGGCGAUAUGGUAAAUAUCAAACUCGAUUGGACCGAAGCUCUCCCUCACCCUGAUGAGCGUGUAGAAUACGAGUUUUGGACAAAUAGCAAUGAUGAAUGUGGUGCAAAGUGUGAUAGCCAAAUAAAUUUUGUCAAAAACUUUAAAGGGGCAGCUCAAAUACUUGAAAGAAAAGGGUACACUCAAUUUACACCACAUUAUAUCACUUGGUAUUGCCCUGAGGCUUUUACUUUGAGCAAACAAUGUAAGUCUCAAUGUAUUAAUCAUGGGAGAUAUUGUGCUCCGGAUCCUGAGCAAGAUUUUAGUAAAGGGUAUGAUGGGAAAGAUGUGGUUGUUCAAAAUUUAAGGCAAGCUUGUUUUCAUAAAGUGGCAAAUGAAACUGGGAAACCAUGGCUUUGGUGGGAUUAUGUGACUGAUUUUUCUAUUCGGUGCCCAAUGAAAGAGCAAAAGUACACUAAAGAGUGUGCUGAUGAGGUUAUUAAGUCACUUGGUGUUGAUCUGAAGAAAAUAGAUGAAUGUGUGGGUGAUACAGAAGCAGAUGUUGAUAACUCGGUUCUCAAGGCUGAGCAAGAAGCACAAAUAGGCAAAGGUACACGUGGGGAUGUGACAAUACUACCAACUCUUGUGAUAAACAACAGACAAUAUAGAGGUAAGCUUGCAAAACAAGCGGUUUUGAAGGCCAUUUGCUCUGGAUUUGAGGAGACAACUGAGCCAGCCAUUUGUUUGAGCGAUGAAAUAGAAACAAACGAGUGUUUAGAGAACAAUGGUGGAUGUUGGAUGGACAAAGCUGCUAAUAUUACGGCUUGCAGGGAUACUUUUAGGGGGAGAGUAUGCGAGUGUCCUGUUGUGCAGGGUGUAAAGUUUGUUGGUGAUGGGUAUAAACAUUGUGAAGCUUCAGGAGCACUACGCUGUGAAGUUAAUAAUGGAGGCUGUUGGAAAGACACCAAGCUUGGCAUGACUUACUCUGCUUGUAUUGAUGACCACACAAAAGGUUGCAAGUGUCCACCAGGGUUCAAAGGAGAUGGUGUUAAUAGCUGUGAAGAUAUUGAUGAAUGCAAAGAGAAGACAGCAUGUCAAUGUCCAGAUUGCAAAUGCAAAAACACAUGGGGUAGUUAUGAGUGUAGCUGCAGUGGCAAUUUGCUCUACAUGAAAGAACACGACACAUGUAUCAGUAAAAGUGGUAAAUCGGAAGUCAGCUGGGGAUUCGUGUGGGUUAUUAUUCUUGGUUUGGCUGUUGCUGGUACUGCAGGAUAUGCAUUCUAUAAAUACAGGAUCCGGACAUAUAUGGAUUCUGAGAUAAGGGCAAUCAUGGCACAAUACAUGCCAUUGGACAACCAGGGGGAGGUAGAAGUACAUGGGACUCAUCAUGGAAAUGUGUAAAAGAAGACAAGACAUAAAUAGUAGUUUUUGACACGCUCGUAUCUAUGUAUAUGUCAACGUUUUCUUCACUAAAGAUUAUGUUUGUUAUUCAGGUUCUUUUAUUUAUGUUAGCAUGAUAAAAUAAAAACCAUUUUGGAAAUUGAUAAUGUGGUAGAAGGUAUUUGGAUUUUUAGA